AUGCUUUCUCUACAUUCGUGUAGUCUUCUACUCAUUAUUUUUCUUUGGUCAGCUGUUAAUAGUCAUUCAUUAUCACCAUUCGAUGUUCGUAUAGAUCAUCAUAAAGUUGAUACUACUCAUGAUUUAAUUAUUAAUACACCAAGACCACAAUUUUCAUGGAAGAUUCCCAAUUCGAACAAUACUUCACAUAGAAAUAUUGAACAAAUUGCAUAUCAAAUUCAACUUGAAUCAACUAAAUUAUCACCAAAUGAUAAACAAUUUCAUUGGGAUAGUAAACGAAUUGUAUCAUCACAAUCAAUUCAUGUUCCAUAUACUAAUCAACAUGAUCUUUUAUCAUCAACAUAUUAUCAAUUUCGUUUACGUAUUUGGUUAUCAACAUCAGAUGAAGCAAGUGAAUGGACAAAUUGGAUUCAAUUUCGUACAUCAAUGUUUAAUAUACAUGAUUAUAUAAUAAAUAAUGAUGAUCUUCUAUGGAUUGGAUCAACAAAAAUUAAUAUGAAUGAAUUUCGAAAAGAAUUUCUUGUUCCAAAUACUAGUCCUAUUAAAUCAGCUAUUGUUUAUAUAUCUGGUUUAGGAUAUUAUGAAUUAUAUCUUAAUGGUAAUAAAGUAGAUCCAAGUCGAAAAUUAGAUCCUGGAUGGACAACUUAUGAAAAACGUACUCUAAUUGCUUCAUUCGAUGUAACAAUGAAUAUUACGGCUGGUAUGAAUGCUGUAGGAGUUAAAUUAGGUAGUGGUUGGUAUAGUCAAGAGCAACAACAUGGUGAAAUAAGAUAUGGUCCACCUCGUUUUAUUUUUACUUUAUUUGUCUCAUUUGAAAAUGGUGAAGAAAUGCAAGUUUUCAGUGAUCAAUCAUGGAUAGGUCGUGAAGGUUCAAUUAAACAUGAUAGUGUUUAUAAUGGUGAAAUAUAUGAUAGUCGUGGUGAUCGUCCUGAUUGGGCUAAAGUUGGUUUUAAUGAUUCGUUAUCAGCUUGGACCAUACCUGAAUCAUUAAAAUCACCAAUAAAUGUUUCAAAGAAUGGUAUUAUUGUUAUUCAAGAUAUGCCUCCAAUUCGUGCUGGUUCUGAUGCAUUACAUUUUGAAGUAUUAGUUGAUAAUUAUCAACAAAGUUAUUUAAAUCAUGAUGAUAUAGGUGAAAUUAAAGGUGCAUCAUUAACUGAUGGAGGUAUACUUAAACCUAUUGAUAUAUGGAGAUCAGAUUCAGGCGUUUUAACAUUUGAUCUCGGUCAAAAUAUGGCAGGUUGGUGUCGUUUAAAAUUUCAUGGUCCAUCUGGUUUUGGUACUUAUAUUCGUCAUGCUGAAGUUAUAGCAGUACCAACUAUUUCAUAUAAUCAUGAUACUCGUAACAUUUAUACAGAAAAUCUUCGUGAAGCAACAGCAUCUGAUACAUAUAUUCUUCGUGGUGAUCUUCUGUUUGAAGUUUAUGAACCAACUUUUACUGUUCAUGGUUUUCGUUAUGGAUCUAUCUUUAAUAGUCCAAACGCACUGACUGUGCAUGAUAUUGAAUGUCCUGUAGUACAUAGUGAAACAACAUUAAAAGGACAUUUUACAACAAGUAAUCCUAUUGUUAAUCAAAUUCAACAUAAUAUUCAAUGGGGUCAAUUAAGUAAUAUUAUGUCUUUACCAACUGAUUGUCCACAAAGAAAUGAGCGCAGGGGUUGGAUGGGUGAUGCUGCCUUAACAGUUGAUGAAGCUUUAUAUAAUUUUGAUUUAAUAAAAUUUUAUCAAAAUUUUCUCAAUUUAAUUGUUGAUGUUCAAUUAGAUGAUGGUGAAAUACCUGAUUUUGUUCCUGGUCGUAAUUAUCCAGCUGAUCCUAAUUGGGGUACUGCACUCCCAACAAUAACAUGGCAACUUUAUCGACACUAUGGUGAUAUUCAUAUUCUUGAAGAUUAUUAUGAUAAUGUUCGUAAUUAUGUUGAAUAUUAUCGUGGUUCAUAUAAUAAAACAGGUCUUAUCAAUUUUUUUUGUCGAUAUGGUGAUUGGGUUCCACCUCCACCAUAUCCACAAUCAAAUGCACAUUUAAUAUCAUCAUUUGCUUUUCUUCAUGAUGUUUAUAUUUUACUUAAUAUGUCUCAAGUACUUGAACGAAAGAAUGAUACUAAUAUGUAUUCAAUGUUAUAUCAACAUCUUACUGAAGAAUUUCAUAGUGCAUUUUUUAAUAAAACAUCAAAUUUUUAUGCAGAUGGAAUGCAAGCAGCACAAGCAUUAGCUUUAGCAUUACCUGGUGUUGUACCAGCAAAUGUACGUGGUGCAGUUGUUGAUCAUCUUGUUAAUGAUAUUAGUCAAAAAGGAAAUCAUGUAACAACAGGUAUUGUAUCUACAGCUCAAAUUUAUCCUGUUUUAUCUGAUAAUGGACAUCAUGAUUUGGCACUUGAAAUGAUAUCUUCAACAACAUAUCCAUCAUUUGGUUAUAUGUUUACAAAUCCUUAUGAAAACGCAACUACUCUUUGGGAAUUAUGGGAUUCAGCAGUUGAUGGUCCUGGAAUGAAUUCACGUAAUCAUAUUAUGUUCGGUAGUGUUGGCGCUUGGUUUUAUUCACAUUUAGCUGGUAUUGAUCUUUCAUUAUCAAAUAUAAUUACUAUUCGACCUCGAAUGGCAUCGGAAAAUAAAAAACAUCUUAUGAAAAAAUUAGAUUGUCAAUUGAGUUCAUUAUAUGGUCUUAUACAUAUAUCAUAUACUCGUGAUGAACGUGAUACAAUUGAUAAUUCGAUUUUACUUCGUGUUACUAUACCACCAAACACACAAGCUCAUAUUAUGUUUGAACCAUUAUUUGCUGGUGGACAAUGUGCAUUAUUGAUCGAGGGCAAUCAAGUACUUUGGUCAUCGGAUAGUUCUACUACAAUUCAUCGACAAUUUAAUGUUGAAAAAGAUUCAAUAACAGGUUUAAUGACUGUUCAUGUUGGUUCAGGUCAAUAUGAAUUUCUAGCAUUAUGGAAAUAA